AUGAUCAUUUUGAGGAGCUUCGACGAAGAGACCUUUGAGGUCGAUGAGGCGGUGGCGCUAAAAUCGCAGACAAUUAAACAUAUGAUAGAGGAUGACUACAAUAACACCAUCAUCCCUCUAUCCAACGUUACUAGCAAGAUCUUAGCCAAGGUCAUCGAAUACUGCAAACGCCAUUUGGAGGUUCCUAAAGCUGAAGAUAAGACCCCUAAAGAGGAUCUAAAGACUUUCGAUGCUGAAUUCGUCAAAGUUGAUCAGAGCACCCUUUUCAAUCUCAUACUGUCUAUUCAAUAA